GGACGCAACGUCAAACUCGAAUUUACGCCGGCCAGGCCACCACCAGUCGCCCACGCCCCGCCGCCAGUCCUGGCGCGCGCGCGCGCGUCCCCCGGCCCACACCGCACCUUCCACUUCCACGGACCCUGCUGCAUGCGCGCUCCAGUGCGCAGCACUAGUACGUACGAGUAGUAGUAGUGCUGUGCUGAGGACGAGGCUGCUAGGUGCUAGCUAGCUAGCUCUCCAUGAAUCGUAUCGAUCGGAAGAGAAGAAGCCCAUUCCCUGCCCCUGCCUGCCUUGGAUACCUACUCCCUCUCCCUCCCUCCUCACAUCACACAGACAGCAGACACCACUGGCCGGCCGGCCUGUUCGUUCAUUCUCUCUCGCUCGCUCGCUCGCCCGCCCGCCCGCCCGCCAGCCUUUCAUUCCAUCUAUUAAACGCCUAUAAAUACAGUACAGGCUCACACGUCCAUGGAAGGAAUGUCCAUCUUCCUUCACUACCACCACACGGCUGCUGGCUGCUACUAGGCAGGCCUUCCCACACGCCCGCCGUAGCUCUCUCGCUUGUGUGGUCAUCCCCGGCCUCGCCUUCUCUCAUUCUGUCGUCUGCUGCCCCUGCCUGCCAGUGCCACCACCCCCCGGCCGUGCGGAUUAUAUUCGGGCCCAACCCAAGCAAAUGGAGAAGGCGAGGAGGCGCCGCGUGCCGGCGUUCGGAGAGUGGAACUACAACUACUACGGCAGCAGCGCGGAGCUCGCCACGCCCGCGGCACCGGCGGAGCUGGAGGCCCGCAGCGACGUCUGGUUCAAGUACUCGCCGCCCCCGCGGAAGCCACCGCCGCCGCCGGCGGCCAGCAGGAAAGUUCGGAGGCCGGCGGCCGACAGGUCCGCAUGCGGCGGCAGCGGCAAGCGGCCCCGUGCCGCGACGCCUGCGAGGGCGUCCGACGCCGUGGUCCCAUCGUCGUCGUCCGUGCCACGCACGCCGGCGAAGAGCGCGGCCGGCGCUGCCAGGGCGCGCGUGGUGCGCCGCGUCGACGCGGACCUGUACCAGGUGCCCCCGCCGGACCUGCUCCACGACGAGGAUCUGCCACCGAGGGUAGCGGAAGAAGGCGUCCAGCAGGAGCCUGUGGAUGGGUUGCUUCGGCUUCAGUUGCGUUCCGGCUGAUUAACUAUUUUCUGUAUUUUUUUAUCCAUGUAUCUACUCCUAGUUUAACUGUACUCCUUUUCAGAUUGUGCAAUGUUUUGGUUUUUUUGUUUGUUUCUAGACUAGAUUUCAGAUUGUGCAAUGUUUUGGUUUUUUUUUCUUUCUGGACUAGAGCGAGUAUUGUACAGUGUGGGCAAUGAAAAAAAUGUACUAUUAUGUAUGGUUUCGUAUUCGAGCCUA